AUCAAAGUCCUUCCAUAUCUUUAAUUGUAAAUCAAUUUUCUCUCCCCUAUAUAGCUUUCAGUUUCAUACCUUCAUUUUCAUCUAUCAAUCAAUUGUUCAUUUGAGAAGAUCAAGCAUUUGCAUUUUGAGAGAGAAUGGCUAGUCUUAUUGUCCCUGAUUCCAUCCCAUCUGUUGCUCAAGAUAUUGAGCAACUGCACAAAGCUUUCUCUGGAUGGGGAACGAAUGAGGAUUUGAUUAUCUCCAUAUUGGCUCAUAGGAAUGCAGAACAGCGUAAACAUAUCCGACAAGCUUAUGCUGAAGCCUACGGAGAGGAUCUCCUUCACUCUCUGGAAAAAGAACUUUCAAGCGACUUUGAGAGAAUUGUGCUACUAUGGACUUUGGAACCUGCAGAGCGUGAUGCUGUAUUACUGAACGAAUCUACAAAGAGGUGGACUUCCAGUAGCCAGGUAAUUCUGGAAAUCGCUUGUACCAGAUCCUCCCAUGCACUCUUGUCGGCGAAACAAGCUUACCAUGCUCGCUUUAAGAAAUCUCUUGAAGAAGAUGUUGCAUCUCUCAUCACUGGUGACUUCCGCAAGCUUCUGGUGCCUCUUGUCAGCACAUACCGAUACGAGGGACCAGAGGUGAGCACGACACUGGCAAAACGUGAAGCUAAGAUACUCCAUGAACAUAUCUCAGCAAAGGAAUACAAUCAUGAUGAGAUUAUCAGGAUCCUGACUACAAGAAGCAAAACACAGCUUUUUGCAACUUUCAACCACUACAACAACGAAUUCGGAAAUGCUAUCACCAAGGAUUUGAAGGCUGAUGCAGAUGAUGAUUUUCUUAAGACACUCAGAAGUGUCAUUAAGUGUCUGGUCACACCUGAGAAGUACUUCGAGAAGGUUCUACGAUUAGCUAUCAACAAAACCGGAACCGAUGAAUGGGCUCUUACUCGAGUUGUUGCUACACGAGUAGAAGUUGAUAUGAACGUUAUCAAGGAAGAAUACUACCGAAGGAACACCGUUCAACUUGAUCACGCCAUAAAAGCUGAUACCUCUGGGGAUUACGAAAACAUGCUUGUUGCUUUGAUUGGGGCAUGAGAAUGCGUAUUCUUCAAGUUUUUUCAGCAGCACCUUCGUGUGGAUUGUGAAGAACCAUUUUACUUCUUGCUUUUAAUGAGACAUAAUGUGUGUGGCUUUAUGUGUGAAAAAAAGACCUUUGUUGUUCAAUAAUUCCAGCUUUUUUCAUUUUAGUUUACCAAAUUGACAUGGAAAAUAUGUUGUGCACUAAAUUGCUUCAAGCCGUCCCGGUGACCGGUGAUAAAACAA